UCCGCAGAAUGCCGGGCGCCCCGGACAUCCCCGAGCGAGUGGCGCUGAAGAAGGAGAUCGGGCUGCCCAGCGCCUGUGCCAUCAUCGUGGGGAACAUCAUUGGAUCGGGGAUCUUCAUCUCACCCAAGGGCGUGUUGGAGCAGGUGGGCAGCGUUGGCCUGGCGCUGCUGGUCUGGGCUCUGGCCGGGCUCGUCACUGCCGUCGGCGCCCUGUGCUACGCCGAGCUCGGCGUCACCAUCCCGCAGUCCGGGGGCGACUACGCCUACGUCAAGGAAGUGUUCGGGGGCUUGCCCGGGUUCCUGGUGCUCUGGAGCGCUCUGCUGGUCAUCUACCCCACCACUCAGGCCGUCAUGGCCUUGACCUUUGCCAGCUACGUGCUCCAGCCCGUCUUCCCCGCCUGCGUGCCGCCGUACAUCGCCUCCCGCUUCCUCGCCGCCCUCUGCCUCUCGCUACUGACGUGGGUGAACUGUUCCAGCGUGCGAUGGGUGACCCGCGUACAGGACCUGUUCACGGCCGGGAAGCUGCUCGCCCUCGGACUCAUCAUCGUGAUGGGACUGGUGCAGAUCUGCAAAGUAAUGUUCAGCUCUGGACACAAGAGCCUGCAGAUAUUGGAAUCUGCAUUCUGUCAUGGAUUGAUUACAGAGGUCUUGCUUUUCGUCACUAAGAUGAUGGUGGUCUUCUGA